CGUUUCUGGAGUAGUGCUGUCAGACGUCUCGCUGAGAGCCGGUCCGCUCCUCCAAGUACUGGGGGAAAGAGAAGAGCUUAUUUUAUUCUUGAAGUUUCUUGGUGUGACCAGCAGCUUAAAAUUGCUGGAUAUACUCUUUCGAAAACUUAGUGAUUAAGAAUAGGUUGCGGACUUUCUAAAAAUCUUAUUUUGUUUUUAAGCCAACUCAGUCCUUAGGAAGAGUGAAAUAAUCUUAAUUUGCUGCAAAGGGCCUUUCUUGGAUUUGGGGUUUUGUGUCCCCCACCCCUGCUUUCUGAUUCUUGGGCCAACUCAGCUCAAUCAUGGUGAUGUUCAAGAAAAUCAAGUCUUUUGAGGUGGUCUUUAACGACCCUGAAAAGGUGUACGGCACUGGAGAGAAGGUGGCUGGCCGGGUGAUAGUGGAGGUGUGUGAGGUUAUUCGAGUCAAAGCCGUCAGGAUCUUGGCUUGUGGAGUGGCCAAGGUCCUGUGGAUGCAGGGAUCCCAGCAGUGCAAGCAGACCUUGGAGUACCUGCGCUACGAAGAUACGCUUCUCCUGGAAGACCAGCCAGCAGGUGAGAAUGAGAUGGUGAUCAUGAGACCUGGAAACAAAUAUGAGUACAAGUUUGGCUUUGAGCUUCCUCAGGGGCCUCUGGGAACAUCCUUCAAAGGAAAAUAUGGGUGUGUAGACUACUGGGUGAAGGCUUUUAUUGAUCGCCCCAGCCAGCCAACUCAAGAGACAAAGAAAAACUUCGAAGUGAUGGAUCUAGUGGAUGUUAAUACCCCUGAUUUAAUGGCACCUGUGUCUGCCAAAAAGGAGAAGAAAGUUUCCUGCAUGUUCAUUCCUGAUGGGCGAGUGUCUGUCUCUGCUCGAAUUGACAGAAAAGGAUUCUGUGAAGGUGAUGAAAUUUCCAUUCAUGCUGACUUUGAGAAUACAUGUUCCCGCAUUGUGGUCCCCAAAGCUGCCAUUGUGGCCCGCCACACUUACCUUGCCAAUGGCCAGACCAAGGUGCUGACUCAGAAGUUGUCAUCAGUCAGAGGCAAUCAUAUCAUCUCAGGGACAUGUGCGUCCUGGCGUGGCAAGAGCCUUCGGGUGCAGAAGAUCAGGCCUUCCAUCCUGGGCUGCAACAUCCUUCGAGUUGAAUAUUCCUUAUUGAUCUAUGUUAGCGUCCCUGGCUCCAAGAAAGUCAUCCUGGACCUGCCUCUGGUAAUUGGCAGCAGGUCAGGUCUGAGCAGCCGGACAUCCAGCAUGGCCAGCCAGACGAGCUCUGAGAUGAGUUGGGUAGAUCUAAACAUCCCUGAUACCCCAGAAGCUCCUCCUUGCUAUAUGGAUAUCAUUCCUGAAGAUCACCUAUUGGAGAGCCCCACCACUCCUCUGCUAGAUGAUGUGGAUGGCUCCCAAGAUAGCCCUAUCUUUAUGUAUGCUCCUGAGUUCAAGUUCAUGCCACCACCUACUUACACUGAGGUGGACCCCUACAUCCUAAACAACAAUGUGCAGUGAGCAUGUGGAAGAAAAGCAGCAGCUAUGCCUAUUUGUUUCUUUCUGCCUCUCUUCCUGAGCGCUUCACUUUUUCAGAGACUCAGCAGUCUCUACAGUGGGCUAUGGGUCCAACCUAGCCUCUGACUCCCUAAUGUAGGAGGUAGUCAGCAGGCAAUCUUUUGGGCCUUGAAGGGUGUGUAGACUCCUCCUCACCAGUGCUGAUAUUGUGAUAUAGGGGUGUUUGUUGGGGGUUUAAAAACACACUAGAAAAACUCAGGCUCAUUCCAUUAUCUCAGAUCUCCUUGGGAAUUGAGGCAUCUUCAGUAGUUCUGAGUUGGGGUAAUAUGUGUAUAAAUGGUCUCUUGGCAUGAUCUUCCCAAGAUUUCUUGGAGGGGAUCAUAUACUGUUAAAAUGACAUGAGACCUUGAACUUCUGUGCCAUGUGGAGCAGAGCCAAUUAAGCAAACUAGAGAAGUAAAAAUCGUGGCCAAAACUUUGGGAAAAGGAGGUUCUUAAAAUCAGCGUUCCCCUUUUUUUGUACACUUGUAGGGGGGGAAAAAAAGUCCUCCAGGGCUGAUUUGGUUUGGACUUUGGAGAGAGCUUCCCCUGUCAAUUAAAGGGAAAAAGGGAAGCUGCUCUAAGGUUGUCUUUCCUUAGAAUGUACUUUAACCUGGCUUAAAGCAGUAGUAACUAUACCCCACCAAAGGUCUUAAAAGCCAUUUUUAGAGACUAUUGCACUGUGUUCUCCUGUUGCAAACGUUUUCAUGUGGGAGAAUGUUUUUCUGUUUGUGUGACUCCUUGGAAUUGAUUCUAAGGUGAUUUCUUAGCACUUUAAUUUCUGUCAAAUUUUUUGUCCACACCUCCCCCACCCAUCUCAAAUGUAAGCUAUAACUGGUCUACUAUGUCUCUAGGGGUGAACAUGACAACAAAAAAGUGUUACUCUUAGUUACUUCCUAAGACUUUGUCCCAGUGUACGGGAUUAUAUAAUUCUGACACUCUAAUCUAAGGCUUGCUGCUGUCAGCCUUGCCCGCUAUGAUUUCUCGAAACCCAAGGAGGAACUCUAGAUCAAGACGCCACAACACUGUGAUCAGAGCCUCCAGGCACUGCCAUGAGAAACUAGAGGGCAGGUGUUCACAAAAGCCCCUCAGACCCCCUUCCUGCCCAGUGUUAGGAGAUAGGUCUGUUAGCCCCUGUCUCACUGCAGCUGCUAGCACUUGGUCAGUCACCCUCAGCCAUAGCACUUUGUUCGCUGUCCUGUGUCAGAGCACUGAGCUCCCCAGCCUUUUCUGAGAAUUAUUACAGCCAGGAGUAUGUGGCUGAAGGUGGUUUCAUAUUUUUAUUGUUUUUGUUUUUUAAUUGUGUAUCUCUUUUUGUAUAAUAUUUUGUACUUAACCAGAUAUAUUUUCACCCCAGGUUGGGGUAUGCUUUGUAAAAAAAAAAAAAAAAAAAAAUUAAAUAAAAAUUUUUAAAAAUUUUAA